CACCAAUGCCCCCUCAGGGACCGACCGGACGGGACACCCUCGGCUGGCAGUGCCAACUCGGAGGCGGAAGUUAAAAAGUCAAGGCGAAGGGGGCUCAAAACUGUAGGUGCCACUUGUCACCUCGUCAGUUCCGGUUCUGCAUCAAGACAACGUGUGCAGCUGCCAAAGUGUGCAGAAUGGCACCUAAACGAAAAGCAGCAGCGGGCACCAAAGGUGCAAAGAAAGUGAAAACGGAGCCAGAGGAUGCCUUCCGAUUGGCCAAGGAGGUCCUGAAGUCUGUGUCCAAAGGAGGGGGCACCACCAAUGUGGACGCGGCCUGUUACCUCAGCAAAAAGCAGAAUGCCAAGAUUUAUGCCAACUACGCCUGCAUACUGAAUCAGACCAACGCUGGCAGCAACAAGUUCUACAUCAUUCAAGUCAUCAAGGCGGGCAUCUCGUUCUACUGCUGGAACCGCUGGGGCCAUGUGGGUCAGGUGGGCCACUCCAGACUGUCGUCACCCUACAGGAAGCCAGCCAUCGCCAAAGCACUUUUUUUGAAGAUGUUUAAGGACAAAACUGAGAAUGACUGGAAGAACAAGGACAACUUCAAAGCGCACCCCGGGAAGUAUACGCCGAUGCAAGUGGAGAGCAAGGCGGGGCGAGUGACCAGCAUCAAGAUGGACACCGUGGAUGGAAGAGUCAAGAGAGUUCUGCCCUGCACCUUGGACAAGCCGACCCAGGAGCUCAUCCAGCUCAUCUUCAGAAAAAACAACAUGUUCAACAACAUCAUGAAGAUGAAAAACCUCGACUUUCAGAAGUUGGCCCUGUACAGACUGAGUAAGACAAAACUUGUGAAAGGGCUCGAGGCCCUUGAGGAGCUGGAGAAGGCACACAAGAAGAAAUCCUCCGAGGCAAAGCUCAGGGUGCUCUCCUUUCACUUCUACACCAUCAUUUCACAGAAAAUUUGGUAUAAGCGACUGCCUAUCAUCAAACUCAGACUUGUCCUACAUGCCAAGAGGGAAAUACUGAUGAUUCUUGCUGGUAUUCAACAGGCUAAGAGUCUCCAGGCAGAAAAUCAGAAGGCUGAGUUGGAAGUGGAGGAGAUUCUUCACCCGAUUGACCAGGACUACAAGCUACUCAAGUGUGGCCUUACGAGACUAAAUGAAAAGUCAGAAAACUACCAGAUAAUCAAGACGUACCUCAGUGCCACCGGAUCACCAUCACUGGAGCUUCUCAAUGUGUGGGAGGUGGACCGGGAAACAGAGGGCAAGCGCUUUAAAACCCACAAUGGCAUAGAAAACCGGCGCUUGCUGUGGCACGGCACCAAAAUGGCCUCCAUUGCAGCAAUCCUGAAAAGUGGCCUAAGAGUCAUGCCUCAUUCUGGAGGACGAGUCGGGAAGGGCAUCUACUUCGCUUCAGAGAACUCCAAGUCGGAAAACUUUGUGUGGCACACCUCCAACAGAAUUGGCAUCAUGUUUCUUAAUGAAGUAUCUCUUGGUAAGGAGUACACCAUCACCAAGGAUGACAGCUCUUUAGUACAGGCACCGGAUGGCUACGACUGCGUUGUGGCACGAGGUCAAACAGAACCAGACGCCUCCAAGGACGUGAGCAUCAUACUGGAUGGCAAGAAGGUGAUGGUUCCCCAGGGGAAGCCGCUGUCACAGAAGGAGUACAGCAGCAGCCGUUUCUCUCAGAGCGAGUAUGUCAUCUACAAGGAGAGCCAGUGCCGUAUCCGCUACCUGCUGCAGCUAAAGUUCUAAGGAUCACCAAAUGCUUAGUAUUAGGAAAUGUGGAAACG